AUGAAAAUUUUAAUUAAAUUAAUACAAAUUAUGCUAAUUAUUGGCAUUAAAUGGGCGGAAAGUGAAGAGGAGGAUUACACAAUUGUGUUGUCGACAAAACAAACGGAAACCGUGUCAUCAAAAGAGUUGUUGGAUCCAAUACGCAAAUACGACAAAGACAUAUACGUUAUCGCAUCAGUAAACGCUGAAUUAUACUGUGUAGUUGAGGGUGAAAAGUCCACUUUGACCCUGGAAAAUCAAAAGUUCAGAGAGCUGGGGUUGCCAAACUUUGUUAGAUACAAGGAAGACUGCGUGGCACUUCACGAAGUGCUUAACCAGACGUUUGAAAGAAUAGGAUUCGACUUUUUGGAAAACAACGAGGCGCUGCAGCAAGUGGAAUCAGGACUGUGGCUGUAUUUGCCAGUGUUAAAGAACACUUCGCUCGACAACUUCAAGGAACUGUUUGACAAGCACAAAGAUAAAGUUAAUGUAACCUUUCUGGUAACAGAUUGUGACUUGUUGAAAACUAAAGAUAGGGCAAAGAAGCCAAAGAAGACUGAAAUCACCGAGGACGAAAUAAAGACGACACCAGUGAUAGUGCAGCAGACGGUAGUGAUGAUCUUUUUUAUCAUUAUUCUGGCACUCGGAAUGCACAUGGCAUCCAAAAUUAAAACGCCAAGUUCACUGUUGGUGCCACAGCAGGUGAAGCCAAAGACAUCGUGA